UGUUGUUACUAAGUCAUAAGACUCGUAUAAUUAAUAAACCCACUGUUUCCUAUCUCUCUCAUCUUCUUCUUCCUCUUGCUUUUUCCCCAAGUUUUUAUUUUGGAUUGGAUUAGAAACUUCCACCCACGUGUUUGGUUUUUUUAUUUAACUUCAUAUUUUUUCCUCAAUACCCUUUCUAGAUUAUUUUCCUGGAAAAUUUCCCUUUUUUCUUUUCAUAAUCCAACCCUGUUUGACAAUUUUACAUGGGAUAAAGGAAUAUCUACUUUCCUCUGGAUUGUUCUUCAAAGGUUUUUAGGGUUUAAAGGUUUACGUGCUUUCAGUGGAAGUGAUCCUGGUUUCGAUUUAGCUUCUGAAAAUAUCAAUUGUUUUGACUUUUUUGAUUUAAAAAGAAAAAGGAAAACGCAGGCAUAUGCUUGAGUUUGAAUGAAAUGGAAGGAUCGCAGGGAAGUUGUAAUGGGCCGCCGCCUUUUCUUACAAAGACAUACGAGAUGGUGGACGAUCCAGUGACUGAUUCGUUGGUGUCUUGGAGUGAAACUGGUUAUAGUUUCGUUGUAUGGAACCCCCCAGAUUUCUCAAGAGAUUUGCUCCCUAGAUAUUUCAAGCACAACAACUUCUCAAGCUUUGUCCGUCAGCUCAACACCUAUGGGUUCAGAAAGAUAGAUCCUGAUCAAUGGGAGUUUGCAAACGAGGAGUUCAUAAGAGGGCAGAAACAUCUUUUAAAGAACAUUUAUCGACGCAAGCCAAUCCAUAGCCAUUCCUUGAACCGGCAAGGAAGCUCUAGUGUGCCAUUGACUGAGAAAGAGAAGAAGGAAUUUGAGCAAGUGAUCAAGAUGUUGAGUGACGAUAAGAACCGGCUUCAGUUACAGUUGCAGGGUCAUCAAAAAGAGAACGAGGAAUAUCGGUGUCAAGUAAGGCUGUUAUCGGAGCGUUUUCGGAACAUGGAAGAUCGACAACGACGAGUGAUGGUCUCAUUGGCUAGGAUUAUAGACAAACCCCAUGUUCUGUCCCAAUUUCAUGGCAAAAAGAGAAAGUUAUUGAACUGUAACGACUUCAAUGAUGAAUGCAACAUACAAGAUCUUCACAGUUUGGCUUCUCUGAAUGCAAACAUGGGAUUGGACUUGAAACAGAUUGAAGAAUUGGAAUCAUCUAUAAGAUGUUGGGAAACAUUGUUUCUCGAAAUCGGAGAAACUAUAGGUGAAGAAGUGCGCGAUUUCGGGACAUCCUUACGGCCUUCUCCGGUUGUUGUUACCGAAAUACAGACAUCUUCAGGGGACUAUGACAUGGAUGGUGAACUUUACUCACCUUCAUCACACCAUUGCUCCCCUUAUUCAACCGAUAUUAACUCAUCACCUGAGCUGGUAGCCCCUGCUUAUCGUCCUAUCCAUACACCAUCAUUUCACCAUGUCGUAAAUCUCAACCCAAAGCCUCCUGGAAUUGGCCUAAACUCCCAACAUGCUAGUCCACUGGAGACCGAUCAGGCCUCAAAGAACCAGGCAGAAGCAGUGGCGACCGGUUAUACCGUGCCAGGUAGUGUAAACGAUGGCUUCUGGGAAAGGUUUCUAACCGAAGUUCCGGAUACAUCAUCGUAUGCACAAGAGAUCCAGUCAGUUUAGAUUACCUGGCAUAGCAGCUUUCUCCAGAUUAAAGAAUUUAGAGUAGGUUAAGUGAUAGAAGUGAGCUAUGCUAUUAACCAUGUAUUACUUCUGCCACAUACUAUGAUGUAAGGAUAUUAGGUUAGAGGACUCUGUAUUUUUUGGUUUACGUUUAUCUAUCUUCUUUCUCUUAGUUAUUUUAGCAACAAUUUUCACUUUGAAUUGAAGGUUAUUUUUUUA